AUGCUUUGCUCUAUACUGGUCUAUUCUUUUCUUUUUGUUUAUAUACCUGUCAAUGUUCAAGGCAACAAUAAUGAUAAAAGGUCCCAGCUGGAAAGCUUGAUUCUUCGAAGGCUUACUCGUGCGACCUGUUCUGAUCCAAGCCUAUGUUUGUCUCAAUGGGGCUACUGUGGAACGGGAUCAGCCUAUUGUGGUACUGGUUGCCAAGCAGGUCCAUGCACCGGAACUACCACGAUUGUAAGUAGUACCACCAGUGGAGCUGGUCUCGGCUGUUCUGAUUCAAGCCUAUGUCUGUCCCAAUGGGGAUACUGUGGGACGGGAUCAGCUUAUUGUGGUACUGGUUGCCAAGCGGGUCCAUGCACGGGAACCACCGUGACUACAGCUAGAACUAUCGCAGCUACAACUAAAGCUACCACAACUAAAGCUACCACAGCUAAAGCUACCACAACUACCACCACAACUACCAUCAGAACUACCGCGACUCCAAUUACAACUAGAACUAACUUAGUUACAACUAGUGCCACCAGUGGAGGUGGCCUCAGCUGUUCUGAUCCAAGUCUAUGUUUGUCCCAAUGGGGCUACUGUGGGACGGGAUCAGCUUAUUGUGGUACUGGUUGCCAAGCUGGUCCAUGCACAGGAAUUACCACGACUACCAUCAGAACUGCCACGACUGUAAGUAGUAGCACUAGUGGAAAUGGUUCAAUUGCCAUUAUUAACGACAGUACAUUUGCCUGUGUUUUCAACACGAUCAAUUCUACAUUACGUGCUACCCGAUUCGAUGGACUAAAGGCGACAGGCUGGACGCCUGUAAACAAUGAUGAAGCUGCUGUCUUUCUUGCACAUGUAUUUCAUGAGACAGGUGGACUCAGCACAAUGCGAGAAUAUUGUGCUCCAGGUAUGUUUUCUGAACUAUAG